AUGCCUGAGGACUUAACUGAUGAAAAUUUUUCUCUAAUUGCUAAUCCUGAUGUUUCUCCUGAUGAAUUUUGUUUCAUGGCAUUAGAGUCAAUACCAGAAGGGCAGGAAUCUGAAGAAGUGGAGUCCAGAUCUGAAGUGGUUGAAGAAAUUAUGUUAGAAGAGAAGAAAACUGAACUUCUGUUGGAACCUCUUGCUGAUCCAUGGGAUGCUAGUGUGUGUGAAGGUGAAUGUGACUGUGCCAUGAUGGCUGCUGCUAAGGGAGCUUCUGUGUGCUUAGAUAGUUUAUGGUAUGUAGAUAGUGGAGGCUCCAGGCACAUGACAGGAUGUAGAGUCCUAUUCAAAGAUUUCAAAAAACAUGGAGGGGGUGAUAUAUCCUUUGGUAACAAUUCAAAAGGGAAGGUGUUGGGGUCAAGGACAGUGCAGGCUGGGAAGCUCAAGUUUGAGAAUGUCAAUCUUAUCGACAAUCUUAAGUUUAACCUCCUUAGUGUUUCACAAAUGAGUGACAAAGGCUAUAGGUCAUUCUUCACUAAGGAUAAACUGUAA